AUGCACCUGACUCGUGGUGUGAUUGUCAGGGUGAGGAGGCAGAAGUGCUCUAUCCUGACACUGCCCUUGCCCGUCCCUCCACAGGCAGCACACGAUGUCCUGAGAAGGAAAAUCUCCAACCAAAUUACUGUGACCGAGUUCCUUCUCCAGAGCUUCUCUGAUGCUCAGGAGCUGCAGAUUUUACACUUUGUGGUGUUUCUAGGGAUUUUCCUGGCAGCCCAGAUGUUGAACCUCCUCAUUAUUGCAGCUGUGGCCCUGGACCACCAUCUUCACACCUACAUGUACUUCUUCUUGAUGAAUUUGUCCAUGAUAGACCUUGGAUACAUCUCCGUCACUGUCCCCAACUUGAUUUCUUGUUCCUGGACUCAAACCAUAGCAGAUAGAGACUGGGGAAACCAAACGGCCAUCAAAGAAUUCAUCCUUCUGGGAUUCGGGGAUCUCCCUGACCUGCAAAUUCUUCUCUUCCUGAUGUUCCUAGUGAUCUACAUGGCAACUGUGGCUGGGAACACCCUCAUCGUGGUGCUCAUUAUGACUGACCAACACCUUCACACCCCCAUGUACUUCUUUCUGGGCAACUUGUCCUGCCUGGAGACCUGCUACAUGUCAACCAUCCUGCCCAGGUUGCUGGCCAGUCUCCUGACUGGGAAGAAAACUAUCUUAGUCAGUGACUGCAUCACACAACUGUAUUUCUGUGGUUCUCUGGGAUGUACAGAAUGCUAUCUCCUAGCAGCAAUGUCUUAUGAUCGGUAUUUAGCAAUAUGUAAACCCUUGCACUAUUCAGCUCUUAUGAAUAUCAGGUUUUGCCUACAGUUGGCUGCUGGGUCAUGCUUUAAUGGUUGUUUGGCUGUAAUUAUCUUUGUCUCAUUCCUAUCACAGUUAUUAUUCUGUGGUCCAAAUGAAAUUGACCAUUUCUAUUGUGAUGCCAUCCCACUGAUGGAACUUUCCUGCAGUGACACCCACCUGGUCAUAUUGGUGGAUUUCAUAAUAGCCUGUGUAUUCACCCUGCCUCCAUUCCUACUAACCCUGACAUCCUACAUGUGCAUCAUCUCCACCAUCUUGAGAAUCCCUUCCACCACUGGGAGACAAAAGGCCUUUUCCACCUGCUCCUCUCACCUCAUUGUGGUGACAAUUUUCUAUGGAUCCAUAAUGAUUGUGUAUCUGCUACCAAAACAUGAUACACUGAAAGACCUGAAGAAAGUGCUUUCUCUUUGCUACACUGUCCUGACUCCGCUGGUAAACCCCCUCAUUUACAGCCUGAGAAACAGAGAGGUCAAGGAAGCCUUCUGCAAAGCGGUCAGUAAAUGUGGCUUUCACCAAAAUGCGCAGAUACACCUACAUAAUAAUGUAACUUGA